UGUUUGUAAAACGGCCACGAAAAAGAAGAAGCACGCCGCGCUACAAUAACAGCGAGCGAGAGGGUGAAAAAAGAAAAUUGCAACCAGUCGCAGCAGCAGCAGCAGCGCAGACUCUCUGCACGCACGAGAGCAUUAACAGCGCUCUCCCCUCCCCCCGCCGGAGACCAAGUGAUUGGCAAUAACCAAAAAAACCGCGUGGUUGGCUUGUUUUUGUUUUCAUUGUUGUUGUUGCCGCUAGGCAAAUUGCAUUUUAUUUAAACGUAAAACGCGUGUGUUGUGCACUUGUGUCCGUCUUUUUUUGCAGAGUCAAACAUUAAGGUUAGUUGAAAGCGUUAACAAUAAUCGCCAUGGUGCCCAUUGGAGCCGUGCACACUGGCCAUCCCGGAGUUGUGCAUCAGCAGCAGCCGCCGCAGCCAAUGCCAACAGCGCCAAGUGGACCAAACACGCUGCAACCCAGCUCAGCGUCAUCGACAUCCUCGAACACAACAUCGAACAAGAGUUCUAUGUCGGUCAAGCCCAAUUAUACGCUGAAAUUCACGCUUGCCGGGCACACCAAGGCCGUAUCUGCGGUCAAGUUCAGCCCAAAUGGCGAAUGGCUUGCCAGCUCAUCUGCGGACAAACUCAUAAAGAUCUGGGGCGCAUAUGAUGGCAAAUUUGAGAAGACCAUAUCCGGCCAUAAGCUGGGCAUUAGCGAUGUGGCCUGGUCUUCCGAUUCGCGUCUGCUGGUCAGCGGCAGCGAUGACAAAACACUUAAAGUCUGGGAGCUGAGCACCGGCAAGAGCCUGAAAACGCUUAAGGGCCACAGCAAUUAUGUGUUCUGCUGUAAUUUUAAUCCGCAAUCCAAUUUGAUUGUAUCGGGCAGCUUUGAUGAGAGCGUACGCAUCUGGGACGUGCGCACCGGCAAAUGCUUGAAAACUCUACCCGCCCAUUCGGAUCCCGUUUCGGCGGUGCAUUUCAAUCGUGAUGGUUCAUUGAUUGUUAGCUCCAGCUAUGAUGGUCUAUGCCGCAUUUGGGACACGGCUAGCGGACAGUGCCUGAAGACGCUGAUCGAUGACGACAAUCCGCCCGUUAGCUUUGUUAAAUUCUCGCCCAACGGCAAAUACAUACUGGCAGCCACAUUGGACAAUACACUGAAACUGUGGGACUACUCCAAGGGUAAAUGCCUCAAGACCUACACGGGCCACAAGAACGAAAAGUAUUGCAUAUUUGCCAACUUCUCCGUUACCGGCGGCAAGUGGAUUGUCAGCGGCAGCGAGGACAACAUGGUUUACAUAUGGAAUCUACAAAGCAAAGAGGUUGUACAAAAGCUGCAGGGACACACGGACACUGUGCUCUGCACCGCCUGCCAUCCCACAGAAAAUAUAAUAGCUUCUGCUGCGCUGGAAAAUGACAAGACCAUAAAGCUGUGGAAGUCGGACACAUAGAGCUGGUUGCCAUCGCAUUGUGCAACAACGACAAACCACACACACACACACACAAAAUCACACACACACACACAUUUCUUUAAUAAUCUUAUUUUAAAAACCAAUUACGUUUAAUUAACCUUUUUUUUUUAAUUGAUUAAAACAAAAAAAGUACUCGUAAAACAUUAUUCAGGCUCGCAGCACUAGCAAAAAGAAACAUUCUAAGUUACAAUUGCAAAACAAUUGCAGUUGUGUAUAUUUAAAUAUUUAUUAGCUAAUGUAUUGGCCAGUAAAAGAAACAUACUGAAAAUCCUUCAAUUUUUAUACCUUUUACCACAAUUGAAAACUAAAUUUAAGCAAUAAUCGACACACACAACUCACACACAUAAAAAAUCAACAAGAGCAAGCGUGCAAGUGAAUGUAAAUUUAAAAUAAAACAAAAAAUAAUCAUAAUUUUAGUUUUUGUGUAUGAUCUGUUAGAAACCUUACCAACUGAGCAACUUUUCAUUUCUUAAAACGUAUUCUAUUAUUAAUAUUCCUUGUUUAGGGGACAUUUGUGCUUAGGAAAUUAAGAAAAUCUUUGGAAAUCCCCAAAAUAUGUUUUUGUUCUGUUUAUUAUUUUGAAGAAUGCAUGACAAAUUCAUGUUGACUACGAACAGUUCUGGUU